CACCGUAAUGCUCUGCACAGUGGAAUGUAAUAAACAAAGUGCCAUUUCCACCGGUGAGGCAAAGGGUUUGGAUAUGAAAGUCAUUUGUGCAUCUUCAAUGUCCGUGCUGUGCGUGGAGCUGCCCGCUGCCUCCGAGAUGUCCCGGUUGUGUGGCGGGCUGGGUGAGAGAUUGGGAAGUCGCCUCUGACAUGGAUCCUCUAGAUAUUAUUGGAAUGUGACUACAGAGAAAAAUGUGCUUUUCUAACAACUCGCUUGUGGACAUUUUCCAGAAAUCAAAAUCUGAUUGAUGCUACAACAUGGCUUCAUCUGGGAAUGAGAUAGAAGGAUGGACGCACAGGCAAGGUGGCAGAACUGGAGAGCUGGUAGAUACCGUGCCCUCUCCUGAAAAUGGUAAUCGUCUUUCGCCAGUGAAGUCGAUGGGCAGUGUAGACCAUCUCUUGCACCUCCCUGGAAGAGUAGACUCUGCUUACAGCUCUUUCUCAGGGGGAUCAAAUGUUCCAGAGUAUCCCACCCCAUCGUGCUAUGGUGAAAACUGCUGUUUGCCUCCAGAGCAGGUACCAUACAUGGACUCAGAAUAUGUAAGAGGUAUUUAUAAUCUCAGUGCAGCAAACUCUGACCUCAGAUGCCUGCAUCCAUACAAAGCACCAGAGCUGAGCAUCCAUAAUAACUGUCACAGCACCAGUCUUGUUGAAUGCCGUGGAAGCACUCCUACCCGAGGGACUUUAGAUCAGGGACCACCGCCUCUGGCGGCACCUCCGCCUUCUCCUCCCACGCGACUCGAUAGCUAUAAAGUCACUAGACAUCUUGAAAACUCAAGAGGGAGAUGCAACUCUGGAAGUCACAGUGAGUGUAGUGUGCAUCCAGCUCCUUGCGUGCAGGACAAUCAGCUAGCAGAUAGGGACAUAUCACGGACCCAACACAGGGGUGAAGUUACAGAGCAAGAUAGAGUGGCUGCUAGGGGAAAGACUCUGGAAAACAAGGGCCUUUCUUCUGAUUCUACAAAUGAGGUAUCUAUAUCAAAAAUUCAGGGGUUAAAGAUGGAUGAAAAUGGAGAGUGGAACCCAUCCCAACAACCUUUAAAGAGAAGGAAUCCCCACAUUUUCAGCAGACCUUCUUCAUUCAUUUUUCAAGAAUAUUUAAAGACUGACUCUGUGGCUGAUGUCCCUAAAAUACUUUCUGCUUAUAAUUCAGUUCAUGCUUAUAAAAUUUCUGAAGAGAUGAACUCCAAGUCCUAUCACUCAGUGCAUACCAACCCUAACACUGUUAAUGAUACACAAGAAAACAAACAGUAUCCCUGCAGUGUACGUAAGCCAACUUUCAGAGAAGCAGAUCUGCAAAGCGCAGUGCCAGAACCCAGCCAACGAAAAGGAUCUCUGCCCUGUGCUCAGUGCCCGCUCCAUGCCGAGUUGCAUUCAGAUGUGGAUCAAGAUGUGUUUGAGGACAGCUGUGACUUAAAAUAUAUGGAGAAUGCUCUUCUAAUUAAAAAUGCUCCCAGGAAGCUGAACAGUUGUACAGAAGAAAAUCAGUGCUAUGACUCUGAAGGAAAAAUUGGGAGUGAUGUAAGGGAACCACUCCUGAAUCAACAAGCCAAAAUGCAGAGAUCAUCACCAUCCUGCAGCUAUGAUACUGUAGAAGCGGAACACCCUUGCUGUGAGGAGUCAUCAGAUCAGGCAAAUAAGCAAUGCUAUGAUAAUACUAGCCAAACGUCUUUUUUCGGACCAAAGGAAGAUUCCACAUCUCAGUUUUUACAUGAAGUCAAGAAAGAAAAACAGGCUAGUAACAGCAAUCCUGACCUUAGCAUGCAUCUAGAACAAAAGGAACCUCCUGUUCCUUACCAAAUAUAUCAACCUAAAUUUCAAAAACAGCUCUUAAGACAGCUACAGGAUGAUCUUGCUGGUGAACAAAUAACCAGGCAGAUGACUCCCAUGCUUUACUACCUUUCUGGGGGGAAAACCACCAACAUCCUGCACCACAACAAACUCGCCCAAUGUCAGGAGGGCUCAAGGAGCUCACCAAAGGAAUUACCAGCAAGCAGCUACUCUGCCUCAGCACGGUGUGUAGAGAUAGAAAGGGAAAGCAAUCAGCUUCAAAGGACCAGCCAUCACCAUCAGUGCAGUGCUGAUGAUCUCCUGCUUGAGACUGAAGAUCUCAGUGUCAGGUGUCCUGCUUUAUCCAUGGAUGAGAGUUUCAAGAACGAUUAUAGAGAGAAACUUAAAGUGGCUCAGAAAAAGGUUCUGAGAGAAACCUCCUUUAAAAGAAAAGACUUACAGAUGAGUUUGCCUGUUAGACUGAGACAGAAACCCUCUAAAAGGCCAUCAAUUGAACACCUUAGGUCUUUCUCGUUAUCCAGUGCAAGCGAGGAUGCCAAACCUGUUCCUUGUUCCCCUCCUCAUCUAGAGUCCUUGGAAAGUUUCAGUAGAGAUGAAGAAAUUAAGAGGCCACAAACAGGUCGAAUAGGGGGAAGGAAAAGGGUAACCAAAGAGCAAAAGAAAAUGUGUUAUUCUGAACCUGAGAAACUCGAUCAGCUAGCAGAUAAGGAAGUAUCGUGGAGUCAAGUCAGGGAUGAAAUCACUGAGCAAGAUACAGUAGCAGCUAGGAGAAAGACUCUAGAAAACAGAGGGAGAGCACUUUCCAGUUCAAGUAUCUCCAGGACAGAGCUGAAACAAAUCCAGCAUACUGCACUUAUCGAAUACAUGGAACGAAAGAUUAACCAAAGACCAAGCAGUUCACAACACCUCCCACUGCAUAAGCCGCCCCUGCAGAAGAGGCUGUCGCAUCCCAAAUGGCCUCCUGGUAAGAUUUCCAAUCCAAACGGGAUCAGGACAAUGCAAAACAAUGAGGUUUUCUGCCAAGCUUUCUCUAAAGAAAAAUUGCCAGAUGUUUCUUCUCCUUUGGCUUUUGUUCCUCCACUGAGCGUGACCAGCAGGUGCGAUCCCAGCUCUGCUGCUGCUGGUACAGCGACCUUGAAGCACGACCCGUCUCCCAACGAAGUGGACGACAGAAGCUGCACCGGCAAGUGUGCGUCAUCUGAAAGUCUCCCACAGGCAGGUGAUCCUGCAUCUGGGAGAGCUCGCGAGAGAUCAAAAUCAACUCCUUCUUCCACACAGGACACUUACAGAUGUGCUGGUGGUGCAGCGGCACCGUCUCGGCGUUGGGAGAGCUGCCUCGGCACCCCCAGUUUCUGUGAUCCUGAGAAAGAUGGAUGCGAGAAUCAUGAAUAUAAAGACAAUGAUGUAAUUGGACGUGCAUGUUGUCAGGAUACAAAGGAGCUGACUCCUGAAACCUCUAUUCCUAUCCCAAGAAGCGGAAGCAAGGAAGAUGCUCACAUGGAGCAAGAAUGCAGGACUAAAUCUCUGAAUGGCAAUGCUUUAAUACAGUGUCCAGAGCAGCAGCCUGCAGCUCCUCAGGAGCAAGUAACGUACUGCCAGACGGCGUUAGCUCAGCCUCACCAAGGGGACAAAAAUACAGCCAAAGGUUUGGUUGCAAAGGAAACAUCUGUGCACAAUAGCCAACAUGAUAUUCUCUCUGAGAGAGAGACAAAUCUGCCCAAAAGGAGACUGCCGUCUCCUGAAGACCAGCGAUACAAAGAACUUGCUAUGGAGAUCAUUGCCAAAGACAAUUCUCUGGUUGAUAUUCUCAUGCCUCAUCCUGUUAGAAAAACUGCUUUAGACCUGAUGGAGGGUCUGUUUCCUGUUAACAUUUCCAUGCUGGAUAAAUCACACAGAAAAAAGGGAGACGUACAGCAUGUGCAGGAGAAUGACAGGAAAAGUAGUAGAGAUGCAACAGAAGAAUGUCCUGAAUCUAAACACGAUGCCAAGCAAAGGAGUGAAGGUCCUACCUCUAAGGGAAACCAAGUCCUGAACAGGAGCAGAGACAGCACAAAUGACCUAGAUGACAUCACAUCUAAGAAACUGGAACUCAUCUCCAGCCUCCAGUCAAAGCUGCAGACCCUGUGUGAGGAAAAGGAGCUCAUCCUCUCUGAAGCCAGGGAGUGUGCCAAGCGAGGCGAGGAGCUGGAGGCAAUGGUGCGGGACGUCUGCAAGCCCAAUGAGUUUGAGCGCUACAUGAUGUUCAUCGGCGACCUCGAGAAGGUUGUGAGCCUCUUGCUCUGCUUGUCCAGCCGCCUUGCCCGAGUCCAAAAUGCCAUGAGGAGGAUCGAUGGCAAUACAGAUGCUGAGGAGAAGCAAUCGCUGAACGAACGGCACAAGCUCUUGUCUAGACAGCGGGAAGAUGCAAAAGACCUGAAAGAGAAUCUAGAUCGUAGGGAAAGAGUGGUCUCUGGUAUCCUUGCCAAAUACCUGACUGAUCAGCAGCUCCAGGACUACCAACGCUUUGUUCAAGUCAAGACCUCCUUGCUGAUUGAACAGAAGGACCUCGAAGAGCAGAUUAAAUUUUUCAAAGAACAAUUAGAAAAUCUUGAGAAAAGCAUCCCCCUCUAAUACCCACCAACAGACGUUUUUACACAUUGUAAUUUGUGACGUUUCCCUGGAAAUCCACAGGCGCUCACUGCGCUGGGCUCAGUUUGGUGAAUUCUUGCAAUCCUGUUAGUGCCACGGUAUUGACAAGUGCUUAGAUGCUCUGGGCACACGCUGGACGUGCCUUCCCCUUUGGACAGGCCAACUGACAGCAUCUUACAGUAUGUAGCAGACUGCAUUUUGGAAAUAACUGAUAGGAUAUGUUGCUCCUAUUAACUUGGCGUGUACUUCCCCUUCCUCUUGUCUGUCCAUCUGUUUCCAGAUUGACAUAAUCUCAAUAAAAGAAUGAUACAAAUAUU